AUGCAUGUAAAUGUUGCAAUUACAUUUGAUGCUUUUGUUGUAGUUGCUGUUUCUAUUGUCCAAGUAGAUUCGCUGAUCGUGGCUGAAAUGUUAUAUGUUGUAGUCGCAGGAGCAUGCAUGGAUCACUCUUGCAUUUGUUCAGGUUUUUUUUUUCUGCCCCCAGUUUUUCACGUUUUACUCUCCAUUUAUUUUUGUUUGUUUUUUGUCAUUUUUUUAUUAUCCUUUAAAUAUUUAACCAAAGUUCCGGUUACUAAGCAACAGGGCAACAAGAUAGUAUGAAGUGGAAUCUCCUACUGAUUCUCUUCCUCACCAGAUUUUGUUGCGGUGCCAGUGCUUUGAAUCUCACCAGCUCUGGCCAGAUUGUGAGAUCUUACGUGCAGAGCUUGAAGGAACACGUUCCCUCGGCAAACAUCAGUGAACAGCCUAAGCCACAAAUCGGUUCUCUUGCAAGUCGGAUAGUGAAUUCCACAAGGAUUGGAAUGCGUCUGUCAUCAGAACUCUACACGCAGCUUUACAGACAGCUGUUCCAGUCACAACUGCAGUCACAACCUGUGCAGCCACGCGGCCAUGGUGCGGUCCCGGAAACGCAAUCUGGACUUUUGGCUUCGCUGUUAGAGAAGUUAACUGCUUCAUCAAAACCCCCUAAUGUGACAGAACAGACAACCGAAGUUGGAGAGCAACCAAACGUUUCUGAUAUGAAUACAACACAACUAACGAAUGUGAUAGAAGCAGACAGCUUGUCAGUGAGAGGAGAUUCCCUAAACCAAACAGCACCAACUUUUGAUCACAACAACAAUAACAAAAACAACAUCACUAACACUGUCUCUACUGUGUCCUACAACAACAAGCAUGAUUCCAAUAUUUUUAAAGACAGCAAUCACACAGACAACAACUGUGCCAAUAACACCAACAAAAACAAAAACAAUAUUAAUAAUAAUAAUAAUAAUAAUAAUAAUAAUAAUAUAAGUAGUUAUAAUUGUAGUAGUUUUAAUUUCUCACAUAUUAACUGUUCAGACUGUAGUCAUCAAAUGCUUUUGAACAACACUACCAGAACCUCAACAAACAGUAGCCAAUUUUGUUACAAAGUAACGCAGUAUUUUCACACAGACAAAAUAGAAAAUACACAAUCCAGCUUCAACAUGUCAAUGCAGCUUCCAGCCAAGAGCUCUGUCCUCCAUCUAGCAUAUGUUGCUAUGAAUAUAUCUGUGAACUUGAAUGCCACAAACAUGUGGGUAUCUCUGUCCAUAAACGAAGACAGGACAUGGAUUAUACGCCUCACACAGUUUUACCUCUUGUUUGACAUCACUUCAUUCCUGCAACCAAUCAUAUCAUUUGAAAACUCUACCCUUCUCCUUUUGCGAUUUUUCUCUGAGUGUAGACUAAAUGGAGGACAAAUCACACCUUGCCCAGAAGUGGAUUACAAAUACAAUGAAAUCUGGGCAGAAUUUUGUUAAGCUCUGUGCUUUUACAUGUCUUGUGGGAAUAUGUGUGCAUAUAUGUAUGUAAUAAUGUGUGGGUGCAUAUAUUGUGUGUGUUGAUGUGAGGCAGUCGAGUGGUUAAGAUAUUGGAAGAGCUGCUCAUGGACUGUGAUUUCAAAUCUAUUUUUAGACAAAACCCUUCAUUUCUACAUUGCCUCAGUUUACAAAGCUGUCAGGGAGUACCAAAUCAUCUUGGACUAUUCCAUAUAAGAAAGAGAGUGGAAUCUACCAAAGUGCUCUGAUUAUCAUGUCAUUGGGUCUGUACUUCAAAUUACGGAAUGUAUGCAAUGGCUGGCGUACAACUUAGCCCAUGUGAAACUCAUCAGGUACAGACAUCUGCCACCAGGUGGGUGUCUUGUUUGACCACGAGGAAUUUCCAAAUCAUGUAUGUAUGCAUGUUUGUGUGUGUGUGUGUGUGUGUGUGUGUGUGUGUGUGUGUGUGUGUGUGUGUGUGUGUGUGUAUUAAUAUCGAACACUGAGAAUGAGUGCUCAACACCAUUGUUCAAACUGGAGAUGAGUACCAACACUUCCAUGUGACACACUUGAAAAAUUGUGAAGAUCCCCUCACAUGAACCCAUGAAACUGGCAGCGGCAAGCAAGUAUGGGUUGGUAGCGUGUACCAUGCUUUUGCUACAGAGUCAUGAGCAGACAUAAACACUCUCUUGGUAUUCCCAGCUUUGGUUCAGCAGAACACCCACAAUGCAACAGCUGCAGAGACUAGCACUGGGAUUGUAUUUAAGAGUUGUUAGAGCAGCAGACAGGCAGACAGGAUGGGUGUGGACAUUUACUCCCAGUCAUUGCAUUCUGAACUGAAAUCCACUUUCCAAUAAUACACAUACAUGCACACACACACACACACACACACACACAGAUAGAUAGGUAGAUAGAUAGAUAAAUACUAAUUUAUAAAGAUGUAUAUGUGUGUGUAUAGAAUACAUGACAAUGUCCUGUUUAUAACUUUUUUUAUUUGGAUUUUUUUCCUAUUUUCACAUGAGUCCCUCUCAGCUUCAUUUCUAGACUUCCACACUCAUAUCAUCAGGAUGUGGACUCUUAUUAGAGUCUGUCACUGACUUCUUCUAUGAUAGGCAAAUGUGAUUUCCAUACACUUGAUCAUCUGAAUUUGUUUGUAUAUAUUAUCAUUGGUAUUUGAAAUUUGAUCAUUGCUAGAUUUUACAUCAUUAGUUAUUUGAAAAAUGUCAAAUAAAAAAAGGUAGCAUUAGUACAUAGUCCUGUUUCAAAUACGUCUAAUAGAACAGGUCUCUCUCUUAU